AUGUUUAUUGUGUUUCUUCUUAUUCUUGACAUCCAUACAACACAUUGUCAAACAACAACAACAACAACAACAACAACAGCAGGACCUAAUCUCGUUUAUGGUUGUUCUUUUUUAAAUUCUACAUAUUUAACUAGCGCUGCAGUUUCUGAUCAAUUUGAAUUUCCUAAUCGUACAUCAAUUAUACUUACAGCUAGUUACGCAUCACCAACGUCAUCAUUAUCAAUAUCAACAUUUGAACUAGGCCUUAUUUAUACAUUUGGGGCAUCAAAUCCUCUUGUACCAUUUCCCGUUCUUCUUAAUUGUACAUCUAUUGUUCGUUCUUGCCAAUUGACAAUAAUGGCGGGCAGUACGUCGAUAUCACGGGAUGCGGAACCUAUACGUGUACAAUUAACACAAUUCAAUUAUACAUCAACAUUGAUUUCACCGAAUCAAAUGGGUUUAUAUUUGAAAGAAGGCCUUUAUCAACUAAGUGAUUGUUUAUUAAAUGAUGGACAAUUGAUCACUGAGCAAAAUACAACAUUUUAUAUUCGAAUAAAAUAUGAAAAGUCCGCUGGUAGUUCCUGUAAUCCAUCGAGUGAUACUUGUGGGUCACCUUCUCUUACAAGUUGUUCAUCAUUAUCAGCAACAUGUACGUGUCUUUCAACAAGCUCUCUCGUUUCAUAUACGAAUUUAUCUUUAUGCACCGAUACAAUGACUUCAAGUAAUUGUAGUAUAUUUCCAACACGUUGUGUAACAUUGUGUCAUUCAACAACAAAUACUUUGUGUAUUUGUCCAAUGGAUACAUUAAAAAUUCAAAGAAAUAAUUUAUAUGUUUGUGAAUUGCCUGUAAAUUCAUUUAAUUGCUCUAGCAACGAUAAUAUACGUCGUUGUCCACUAGGACAAGCUUGUUUAAAUGGUCAAUGUAGCGAUGAUAUAUUAACAACAACUAUGAAAACAAAUAUUUCCGAUGCUUCAAAUGAUCAAACUCUUCGUAUAGUACUUGGUGUUCUUGUUGGUCUAUUUGGUACAUCUCUUAUUAUUGCUAUAGGAGUAUUUUGUUGGUUACGUCAAAGACAAAAACGACAUCGAAUGAAAACAGAAAAAUCACUAACACCAACAUCAUCUUCGUCGACAUCAUCACUUUAUAUUUCACCGAUUCAACAACAAGACUAUCCUUCAAAUGAUACAAUCUAUCAAUUACCUUUAGAUAACAAUAGUUAUAGAAGAAUUUCAUCAAUUUAUCGAACAGAUUCAUUUCGCCAAGCUGUAAUUUCAGGUCAUAAACGAACGAACCAAACUAUUGAACAUAUAUCAGCAAAAAGAGAUAGUUUUAUUGAAAGAUCAUCGCAUCAUAAAGAAGAUAUAGGAUCGCCUAUUUACAGUACAUUAGACUAUGUUGUUCCAUCACAAAGCAGAAAAUAUCGAAAUUCGAACAAGACGAAUAAUGAUGUAUAUCAAGUGAUUAAUACAUCAUCGUCAACAGCAACUCUUACUCAUGCUGUAUAA